CAUCUGAAACCAGGAGCGGGGCGCGAUGGCUCUGUCCCCGGCCGAGCUGGCGGUGGUGCACGCACUGUGGAGGAAGAUGGGUAGCAACGUGGGCAUAUACACGUCCGAGGCCCUGGAGAGGACCUUCGCGGCCUUCCCGUCCACCAAGACCUACUUCCAGCACCUGGACCUGAGCCCCGGCUCCGCGCAGAUGAAAGCCCACGGCCAGAAGUUGGCGGACGCGCUGGCGCAGGCCCUGAGCCACCUGGACGACCUGCCCGGCGUGCUGGCCCCUCUGCGGGACCUGCACGGGCAGCAGCUGCGGGUGGCUCCCGCCGACUUCCAGCUCCUGGGCCACUGCCUGCUGGUGACCCUGGCCCGGCACUACCCCGGCGAUUUCAGCCCCGCCAUGCACGCGUCGCUGCAGAAGUUCCUGGGCUGCGUGUUCUCGGCGCUGCUCUUCGGGGAUCACUGAGGCCAGCUGUGGGAAUAAACGCGCACGCCAAGGUGCCCA